UCUGGGAAGGCAUGGGGGACGGGAUGACUUCUUACAAAUAACUGCUGAUUAUUUUGCAUGGAUUGUGGAGCAAAACGAACUGCAUUUGGGGGAAAAGGUUUUAGCUCUGGUAACAGGGUCAUAAUCAAGAGAGAAGGCAGAGGAGCCCAGGACACGCUAGACUCAAUAGAAGAUGAGUGGAAAUAUUCCACUGCCAACUGCAGAGUGUAAUGAAUCACAUACCUCCAGCAUUCAACUAGCCAUGAUCUUCUCUAAUGAGAGGGAGCAACUUGCAGAGCCUGGUGACUCUCCAGAAACCACACCCAGGAUUCAGAAUGAUGCUGAGCCUUUCAGAGCAAUGAAGAGCAGAACCCAAGUAGACGAUGACUGCCCAGGCAAUGCAAGCAGACAUCAGGAAGCAGGAACAGACACGUGGCAGGAGAGGAGUACACAGAAGGGGGACGGCCUGCAAGGACAAUUAGGAACCGGCAGUGACAGCACCAGCAGCCUAGUGCUUACAAAUGGGUUACCUGCUGAAUCUAAGCCUGGCAGAGAGAAUGGUAAAAACAGAGCACAAACUCCAACCACCCCAAGGACUGGCAGUGCUGCUUUCAAAGAGAAGCUUUUGGCAAACCAGUUGUUACUCAAUGACAGCAGGAGCAAUAAGGGUUUGCAAUCAUGUCAGGAUGUUGCAGAGCUGUUUCAUCCUGAGGACGGAGAAGAGCACAUAAGCUUGAUUGUUGCAGAAUCUAAGCUCAGUUGCAGCAAUUAUGACAGGGAAGAUUUUGCAUUUAAAGACAUCAGGGAUGGAUUCAGUUCUACUUUUGAAAAAAUCGUGGAAUCUGACCUUAUGAAGGGCACAUACUACAGCAGCCUGGACUCCUUGGAUGUGCUCUCCCUUACAGAUGAGACAGACAGCUGUGUUAGCUUUGAAGCUCCACUCACACCUCUUAUUCAGCAAAGAACCAAAGAAAGUUCUGAACUUUCAGAACAGAAAUUCCUCACUAACCAGAAGGAAGUUGGGGAGCCCAGGGCAACAGAGAAACAGGGUGAAACAAUGGCCAAGGCUAUGGAUGGUGAUUUGGGGAGUCCCCUGAAGCAUUCCAUCACCAGCAGCCAGUCCGAGAAUGUGCUGAGCCAAGUAUCACUGAAAAAUAUUCCUAACGGCUAUCACAUUGAGAGGUCGGAAGAAAAGCCUCCAAAGCUUAGUAAUUCAGUCAGUGAUGCCAACAUAAAAGAUGGCCUUUCCGAUUCAGAUUCUGAUAUGGGCAGCACAGAACAACUUGACCAGGGAAGCACAGACACUCUUAUCAAUGGCUGCAAGGCAGACAGUGAGGCUGCCAAAAGACUGGCUAAAAGGCUCUACAAUCUUGAAGGAUUCAAGCACUGUGAUGUGGCCCGCCAGCUGGGCAAGAAUAAUGAAUUUAGCAAAAUGGUAGCAGAAGAAUAUCUCCGUUUCUUCGACUUUACUGGGUUGACCUUGGAUAAAGCACUCAGAACAUUCCUAAAAGCUUUCCCCCUUAUGGGAGAGACACAGGAACGGGAACGGGUCCUUGUCCACUUCUCUCGCCGAUACUGUCACUGCAAUCCCCAAGAGAGCACAUCAGAAGAUGGAAUCCAUACACUCACCUGUGCCCUGAUGCUGCUAAACACUGAUCUCCAUGGGCAUAAUAUUGGGAAAAAGAUGUCCUGCCAACAGUUUACAGCAAAUCUGGAUGGACUAAAUGAUGGGAAAGAUUUUGCAAAGGAUCUGUUAAAGGCCCUGUAUAACUCCAUAAAAAAUGAAAAACUAGAAUGGGCAAUUGAUGAAGAUGAACUCAGGAAGUCAUUAUCAGAAUUGGUGGAUGAUAAAUUUGGUUCCAGUGCAAAGAAAAUCACAAGGAUAGUUGAUGGCAGUAAUCCUUUCCUAGAUGCUCCCCAGGCCCAGAAUGCUGUUACCUACAAGCAUGGAAUCCUCACUCGGAAAACCCAUGCUGACAUGGAUGGGAAGAGAACUCCAAGAGGACGAAGAGGCUGGAAGAAAUUUUAUGCUGUGCUUAAAGGAACUAUACUGUAUUUGCAAAAGGAUGAAUAUAAACCUGAUAAAGAUCUUUCUGAAGUAGAUCUAAAGAAUGCUAUUCGCAUUCAUCAUGCCUUAGCCACAAAAGCCUCGGAUUAUAGCAAAAAAUCCAAUGUGCUGAAACUGAAGACAGCAGACUGGAGAGUGUUCCUUUUCCAAGCGCCAAGCAAAGGAGAAAUGCUAUCGUGGAUCCUGAGAAUAAACUUGGUAGCUGCCAUUUUUUCUGCCCCUGCAUUUCCAGCUGCUAUUUGCUCCAUGAAGAAGUUCUGCCGGCCUCUCUUGCCAUCUGCAUCAACUAAACUCUGUCAGGAAGAACAACUACAGUCCCAUGAGAAUAAAAUGAGGCAAAUUGCAGAUGAAUUAACUGAACAUAAACUACAUCCUGUAGUGAAAUGCCUGAAGUCAAAAGAGGCUGAAGAAUAUUGUUUGAAGGAGCAUUACUUAAUCUUUGAGAAAAACCGGUAUGAGACGUAUAUCAACCUCUUAUGUGCAAAGAUAAAAGCUGGGACAGAUGACCUGGAAAGAAUUGAAGCCAACCUCUUCACAAUGGAGACUCAGGAUAACUCCUUGAGGAAGACUUGUUCCAGUCCUUCCAUAACCCAAGGACAGCUGCUUGUUGAAAACAGUAAGGCAGAAAGAGACACUCUAGAACCAAACAGUUCACACGCAGGAAGUCAAUAAGAGACAGCUGGUUCUCCUUGUCUGUCACCUGUGAGCACAAUAAUUUCUCAGAUAUACAGUUACUCCAGUAGAAAGAAUUCAGAGAUGCUUUAGUUUACACUAAUUCUCUCCUGGUGCUUAUGUUUUUGGAAUUAGACUGCCCAUAUUGGUUUUCCUAAAAGAGUAUGCAAUAAAAGGGCAAGUUUCCCAUACAAGGGCUGGAUAGUUCUUUUGCCCACUGCUUGUCUUUGUGAAUACCUGCAUUUUCCAACGAACAACAUGUGUGAAACCAUGACAACCU